AUGAAAAAAACAAAUAAUCUAAUAUUUGAAAUGUUGUUGUUUUUAUUACUCAUCUUUUUACAAGUUGUACAGCUAACUUUCAACAAUCAAGAGUAUUAUACAAACUUCGCUGUAAGUUCUGAACUGCCACAGGCUUCUGAAAUUGGUCUAAAAUUACUAAAUCGGGGUGGGAAUGCAAUUGAUGCAGCUAUAGCCACUUGUAUAGCAGUAGGAAUCGUAAAUGCUUUCUCAUCAGGAUUGGGUGGAGGCGGUUUUGUGCUAAUCAAGAAAAAAGGACUAGACGAAGAACCUUUUAUGUUAGACUUUAGAGAAAGAGCGGGAGAAAACUUUAAAUUAAACGAAUAUAUUAACAAUAAAACAGCAAGUUCUUUGGGUGGUACAGCGGUUGGUGUACCAGCCGAAAUUAAAGGGCUAUUUCAUAUUCAUAAGAAAUUCGGUCGCUUACCAUGGAAAGAUCUUUUUAAAGAAUGUAUAGAACUUUGUAAGGGGUUUUCUGUUACAAAAGAGUUGGAGAAGCGGCUCAUUCGGCAUAAUUUUGAAAUUUUAAAGGAUCCUGGUUUACGUGAAAUUUAUAGUAAAAAUGGUCAGGUCUUAAAAGAAGGUGAUAUAGUUGUAAGAGAAAAUUAUAUGAGAACGUUAAAAAUUUUAGCAAAUAAUCCGAAUGAUUUUUAUCAAGGCGAGAUUGCAGAAGCAUUACUCGAGUCAAUAAACAAAAAUGGUGGUAAUAUAACAAAAAAGGAUUUUUUGAAUGUUAAGCCUAUACAAAGAACGGUUAUAGUCGAUAAAUUUAAAGAUUACAAAGUUUACGCUACCUCUUUACCAUCAUCCGGUGUUUUGGUUGUUGAAGCUUUAAAAUUACUAGAAUUUUUUGAUAUUAAAAAAAUUUUUGAAGAUUCAAAAAAAAAUAAUAGUUAUCAGCACAUCCAUAUUUUAGUCGAAAUUUUAAAGUUUGUAAUGGCAAGGAGAGGAGAACUUGGUGACCCUGAUUUUUUACCUAAUCAUGAGGAAGUGGUUAAACACUUAUUGAGUAAAGAAAACUUGACUAAUAUUUAUAAAAAAAUAGAUGUAAAUAGCACGUUAGGAUUUAAUCAAUAUAAUGUGGACAAAACCAAUGUUGUAGAUGGUGGUACAACCCAUAUUAAUGUUGUUGAUACUGAUGGUAUGAUUGUAAGUUUGACUAGUACAAUUAAUUUAGAAUGGGGUGCAAAGUUCAUGGAUCCUGUUACCGGUAUUAUCUUAAAUAAUCAGAUAGAUGAUUUUUAUUUUCCAAAAGAUCCUAAUGCAGACUUAUCCUCACCUAAUAUUGGAAAACCUGAGAAGAUACCUUUGAGUUCUGCGUCUCCCUUAAUUUUAGAAAAAGAUAACGAGCUAAUUGUUUUAGGAGCGGCUGGUGGAAUAAGAAUCCCUACAUCAAUAAUUGAAGUCGUUUUUUGGAUAUCUUUAGGAUUUUCGCUUCGAGAAGCCAUUGAAAAACCAAGGUUGCAUCAUCAACUUGAUCCGCAUGUAUUAUUUGUAGAGUAUUCUGAAAGUCCUGAUGUUAUUAAAUAUUUAGAAAAGCUUAAACAUACGGUUAAAAUUUCAGAGACUAAUUCAAUUUUUACGUCCGUACAAGGCAUACAGAUUAAUUAUCGUCUAUCAUCUAAGAAUAUUUAUGCAAUAUCUGAUCAUCGAAAAGGUGGACGUGCAGCGGGAUUAUAA